AUGUCCCGAUUGCGGUCUCAGCGUGAGAAGAAUAUGCCUGUUUGGCGCUGCGACCUGAAGGACCUGCCGUUUCGUCUCAAGCGCGACGCUAUCUUUGGCAUGCAGAUCGCACGCCAAAUCCGCGGCCCUGGCGGCGAUGCGAAUGCGGCAGAGGUCCCGUGCGACAUCUUCCGCGUCGAGCUUCUGGUGGGGCCCGCGGGAACGCAGGAGAUCGUGAUCGCGGGUGGCACUCAGGAAUCGGCGGAGCACGCGUGUCAGGGCGCCUGCCUGCAAGCAGGAGCGACCAACAUAGGCUCCGUUUGGCCGCGCACUGUGGGCCCGCGCUGGCCGACUGACACCGCGGGCGGCGCGGAUUUCGGGUCGGCGGCGUCGGCCGUCGGCGGCUGGCGCCCCAGCGGCAGCGCCCCUGGCAAGCAGGAGGCGCCGCCGGCGCAGGCUCCCGCGCGCGCCGAGGCGGGGCCGCCGACGCAGGAGGCGCUGCCAAGGGGCCCGCGCGUAGGCGCGCAGGGCGCCUUCGCCGAGCUUGCGCCGAUUUGCGGGCGCCGCUGCCGCGCGCGGGGCGCGGCUCGCGGAGGCAAGUGGAAGUCGCGCAUGCGUCUGCGCCUCAUGCGCUGCCCCGAGUACGGGGCCAGCAUGGCAAUUGAGGUGGACUUUCGGGCCGGGCGCAUCAUCCAGCUGAAGCAGACCCACUACGAGCCCACGCCGGAGGGAUAUUCGCCGCUGCCCUUGUCGCUCCUGGCGAACGGCCACAUCCGGCGCACGCUGAAAGCUGGCACGCAGGACGCCAACCGCCUCGUCAGCCAGGUGGACUGGGAGAGGUACAAGUGCGACGUGACCGGGGUCCGGUGGCACGCCGUCGGCGCCUGGCGGGUGCAGUUCGACCGCAAGGACUACGAGCACAACUUCUUCGUCAAGUGCAGCUGCUACUUCCGCGUCAGUAUCUACGGGUUCGACCGCGCCAAGGACCAGGUGAUUGGGCACGUAAGCUACGUGAUCGAGUUGCAGGAGACGAAUCUGCAGAGGAGCCGCGAGGUGACGACAGAAAUAUUGAAGGUACUCGAGGCGCAGAUGGACACCCUGAAGGCUUCCAAGCUGCAGCUGACGACGUGCUUGACUCGCAGCGCCAUGGUCAAAGCGCAGACGACGCAGGAGAUCUACAUGGUAGCGGAGAACAUUCGUACCAUCGAGGCCCACGGGACGUUGAAGUACCAGUCGGAGCUCCCCCUCAUCUGGCCAUCGGCCAAAGAUUACAUGAAGCCGCAAGCCGACGAGACGAAGAACAUGAAGGAUAUCGAGUUCAAGCUGAGGGUGGCGCGUCGCGAGGAGAUCGCUAAGGACCAACACAAAGAGAUCUUCGAUGUUGUGGCAUCCUGCAGAGAGCUCCGCGACGGGCGGCAGGCUCUAGAGGGGGGAAACCCGGCCUGGGGCAAGAACAAGCCAGAGACGCGGCAUGCCUACGGAUGGAAAGGUUAUGAGGUGUGGCCCGACUACGACAGCGUAAACACCUCGCAGGCUCAGAUGCCCGAGAUGCCAGAGAAGCUGGAGGACACCUGGCCUCCUCCAGUGGGCUACGCGAAACGCAAGAUGGAGCUAGGGAAUCACAGAGUCGUCAUGUGGAUCGUGCACAAUGGCGGAGACUACAUGUACUGGAACAUAUGGUCUGUGCUGAUGGUGUACUCGCAUUCGAAUUGA